AUGGUUUUCAGCAAAUGGGUUUUUCUGAUUGUCAUCCUUCAUUUGUUUGAGACAAUACCCAGUACUGUCUCAAGUUCUUCUUUGAAGGCCAAAGAGCUAGCUGAUAUAUCUGUGAAUUGUCUGAAGCAUGCCAAAACACCAGAGUUUAUGGAUUGGAUGGUAGGUAUCAGGAGGAAAAUACAUGAGAAUCCAGAACUUGGGUAUGAAGAAUUUGAGACCAGUAAGCUUAUCAGAGGCGAGCUCGAUAAGAUGGGCAUCCCUUACAAACACCCAUUUGCAGGUACAGGCGUCAUCGGCUAUGUCGGCACCGGUAGACCACCGUUCGUAGGGCUAAGAGCAGAUAUGGACGCUCUUCCUGUCCAGGAACUUGUGGAGUGGGAGCAUAAGAGUAAAGUCCCUGGGAAGAUGCAUGCUUGUGGGCAUGAUGGUCAUGUCGCCAUGCUUCUGGGCUCGGCUAAAAUCCUUCAAGAGUAUCGCGAUAAUUUGCAGGGAACUGUAGCUCUUCUUUUCCAACCAGCUGAGGAAGGUGGUGGUGGAGCAAGGAAAAUGAUUGAGGAUGGAGCAUUGGAGAACAUUGUUGCCAUCUUUAGUCUCCAUGUAUCCACUGAAUUGCCCGUUGGUUCAGUGGCUUCUAGGCCUGGCCUUAUAAGGGCUGGAAGUGGCUUCUUUGAGGCUGUCAUAAGUGGGAAAGGGGGUCAUGCAGCCAUGCCUCACCAUACAAUUGACCCAAUUUUAGCUGCCUCCGAUGUUGUUGUUAGCUUGCAGCAUCUCGUUUCCCGUGAAACUGAUCCUCUAGAUUCACAAGUAGUUUCAGUUGCAAAGUUUAAAGGAGGUAGUGCAUUCAAUGUUAUUCCAGAUGCUGUAACAAUUGGUGGCACAUUCCGUGCUCUGUCAAAUGAAAGGUUUAUGCAACUCGAGCAAAGAAUUGAGGAGGUUAUCACGAAAGGAGCUGAAGUACAUAGGUGUAGUGCAAAGGUUGAUUUCCUUGAAGACAAGAAGUCCUUCUACCCAGUGACAGUAAACAACGAAGAGUUGCAUGAGCACUUCCGGAAUGUGGCAGGAGAUAUGAUCGGUGUGGAGAAGGUGAAAGUGAUGAAACCGACGAUGGGAGCAGAGGAUUUUGCCUUCUUCGCUGAGGUGAUACCUGGGUGCAACUACUUCCUUGGAAUGAAAGAUGAAACCAAAGGACCUCUUGCAUCUAAUCACAACCCUAACUUCAUACUCAAUGAAGAUUCCCUUCCUUAUGGUGCUGCACUACACGCAACUUUGACCAUAAGGUACCUUCUUCAGUUCCAACAACCCAAGUAUCUGUUGGAAGACGGAAAGGUCCGUGAUGAAUUAUGAUGAUGAGGUGAUUCACUCCUUUUUGGAGCUUGACGUGGGCAGCUUUUAAGUGUUGAUCGACUUUAUGAGAUC